UAACCGGCUAGCCGAGGUCUUGUUUACCGUUAUGGAAAGGGAGGCGUACCGUAACUGCUGCAGCCUGGUGAAAAUACCGGGGCAGUCGUACGAACAGUUUUGGUCAUCGCAUUUCGUCGACUACAUCGACAAGGAGCUGAGCUAUUCCAAGUUUUUCAAGAAGUACUUGCUUCCCAAUCACCCGUGCAUGUUUUCGAGGAGGUUUACGGAGGACUGGAAGUGUAGGAAGCAAUGGGUGUCUGACGGGGGGAAGCCCGAUUUCCAGAAACUGCUGCAAGAGUUUGAGGAGACUCCUGUUCCUGUGGCAAACUGCAAUGCAAAGGAGUACAAUGCAAACCCGAAACAAGUGAUGCCUUUCAAAGAAUUUAUACAAUACUGGAAGGAAUACAUCCAGAACGGCCACUCAUCGCCUAAAGGAUGCCUUUAUCUCAAGGACUGGCACAUGUCAAGGGACUUUCCGGAGCAUAAUGUUUACAACACACCAGUCUUUUUUUCCUCGGACUGGCUUAAUGAAUACUGGGAUACGAUUGAAGUGGAUGAUUACCGAUUUGUCUACAUGGGGCCUAAGGGCUCGUGGACCCCUUUCCACGCUGACGUGUUUCGCUCCUACAGCUGGUCUGCAAACAUCUGUGGCAGGAAGAAGUGGCUCCUGUAUCCUCCGGGUCAGGAGGAGUUUUUACGUGACACUCACGGCAACCUCCCUUAUGAUGUGACAUCGGCUGAGCUUCGUGACGCGGAUCUUUUUCCACACUCUGAAGAAGCCUGUCAACCUCUUGAAAUUAUACAAGAGGCUGGUGAAAUCAUUUUUGUGCCCAGCGGGUGGCACCAUCAAGUUUAUAAUCUGGAGGACACAAUCUCUAUAAAUCAUAAUUGGUUAAACGGCUGCAACGUAGACAUCAUGUGGCAGUUUCUUCAGAACGAGCUGUCGUCUGUUCAAAAAGAGAUCGACGAGUGGAGGAACACGAUGGACUCGUGGCAUCAGCACUGCCAGGUUAUUAUGAAGGCCUGUUCGGGUAUCAACUAUGCAGAAUUUGCAGCGUUCCUGAAAAUCAUUGCAGACAACCGAAUGGCUUUCCUGAACGCUUGUUCCACUGGGGAGUCUUCGGAUUACUCGCGGCGUCUCUCGGAGAGCCUGACCACGCUGGGACCAUACCACGCUGCCUUUGACCUACAACGAGUGGCUCACCUAAUUGAACGCCUGCUCUGCAAUGAAGACUUUAAGCGGCUCGAUCACUCAACUUUGACUUUGCAGCCAGAGUCCAUGUUGCAGCAAAUUCGGGACACCAUUCAGUCCACAAGGGGGCAGCAUCUCCUCUAUCAGGAAUAAGAAUCUCAGUGGCGUCUCCACAAUGUCAUCGUCUGGAAAUGGCUUGAACGGAAAGUGCCAAUUCGUACAGUGCAAAUAAGAGGAGGACAAAGGCGUUACCACAUCUUUGGUUUGAGAUAACCGGAAAUCUCAAAUGUUGCUUGUUAAUGUCCUAAACUGUUUGUUUUGCACUGAAAUAUGGAUAGAUAAAUACAUUUAAAAAACA